AUGGUUCUCAUCAACGGUGUGAAGUAUGCCUGUGAAAGGUGUAUAAGAGGCCACAGAGUAACGACAUGUAACCAUACGGACCAGCCAUUAACGAUGAUCAAGCCAAAGGGAAGGCCGUCUACCACCUGUGCGCACUGCAAAGAGCUACGUAAGAGCAAGAACGCCAACCCGUCGGGCCAGUGUACGUGUGGCAGGCAGGAUAAGAAGCGGCUAGCCCAAAAAGUGAAGGAAGAAGCCUCGUGCACUUGCAAAACGGAUCCGGACCAUUGUGCGUGCCAUAAGAAGCGCGGAGCAAAGCGAAAAACAAAAGGUCAGAACUCAGGCACCAGUAUCGGCCUGGAUCUCGAUGGGAAAGUCUCUAAGUCAAACGGCUACUCCUUCCAGUCGCUUCCUUCCAUCAACUCGUCUCAGUCGCUCGACAAGGACAUCUCCAAUUUGUUGGGCUCUCCAAUAUCGAUGAACACCAGCUUCUCAACUGGCUGGGACACCGGAUCGAUAUCAAGCUCAAACAGGUCGCCUCCAGGCAGCGGCAACACCUACAGUAAUAUUAGUAAUGGUAAUACGGGUACCAUCAGUAAUAAUAAUAACAAUAAUAAUAAUAAUAACCAUCAUCAUCAUCACAAGCAUGGCCAGGACACAAGUAAAAACACAGUCGGGCUUGAACCGCUAAGUAUAAUGAAACCCAUCACUCCAAAUACUAGAACAAAGGUUGGUGAAGUCUAUAUCCCACUAACAGAGUACGUCCCAACAAGUAUAACGUCUUCUCACGACCAAACAGACAGCAUCAACCCACUUCUCAUGGGCGACAGCCUGUCCAUAUAUGACGAUGGCCAGUCUGAUACUCCUAAUGUAACAUACUUCGCUGAUACUUCUAAAAGUAUGUCGUAUACCCAGUUGAAGGAACAGCGGAAGUCUGUCAACAAUGAACACGUUCCUUCACAAAGAGUGCCUCUAGCCAACACUGGUCGCUCCUCUUCCUUUAUCUCUAAUAUAUCAUCUCAUGACUCCGUAAUCUCGAAUAACGAUUUCAUAAGUUCGAUGAACAGUUCGGAUUCUCUUUCGUCGAUGCUGCAAGGUGGUAACGCUCACCAUUACCAGGAUAUGCUCCAUCACCCCAGCAAUGGCAGAGGCAGCGGCUUCAACCCAGUUCACAUUGAACAAUCUCCAAACGUUUACGGAUUUGAUACUGAUAGCGUACGAAGUGUCGAGGUGCUUUCUAUAACUCCAAGCUUCAUGGAUAUCCCGGAAUCCAAACAGGCAAGCGCGGAAUCUAAUACAUCAAGUAGCGGCUACAUCAGUUGGAAAGGUGUAAACUUAAGAAGAGAGCGAUCGGUUAGUAUUCACAAGAAUCAUCGUUACGACAGUGAAAAUAAACGUAAGAGACAUCCACUAACAUCGGCAAAUAGCUCGAAACAACAGAUAAAAUCCAUGAUUCUUCCAAUCGAAGAGAAUAAUAAUCACAACAGUAGUAGCAGCAACGAGAAUACCGCGGCAACCCUUCCAACAACUUCCAACAACUUUAAUUCGCCAGCAGACUCGACAAAUACUGCACUCAGCUCGAAUGCUGCAUUUGGAGAUCAAUCAGUAUUUAGCACUGAAAGAAGAGGCCUCGAACCUUCGUUUGUGGAUCCCCAGUUUUCACCUGAUUUUAACCCAUCCUUGAAACAAUCUCAUAUGAUUAACCAAAACAUUAUUGACAACAACUCCCUCUUUAGUGGAACUAGUGAGGGAAAUAAUCCUUCUCCUAAUGACAUCUUCCCAGUGGAGUUUGCAGAUAUAGAUGAUCUGAUGACGCACUUAUAA